GUGUGUGGACGUAUGUGUUCCCUGCUGCACAUCGAUCUGGGAGUCACUAUGGGUCACACUGCACCACAUUUGACACUGCUGCUGUGUGUCAGUGUGUGUUGUGUCUCUUUGUGGAACUUGUGUGUGUGACACUGUGUAUCACUCAGCGUUGCGAUCCUGCAUCUUACAUCCGGGUGUAUGCCCUGUUGGGGGCCUCUCCCUUCCCUGCCAAGGAACACUCAAGGUGUGCUGUGUUUGUGUGGUUGUGGAUGAGCUUGUCUGGGGUCCUGGGUGGUCUUGUUGCCACCCUGGUGUGGGCUGCAAUCAAUGGGGGCACAUCUGGUGUUUUAUGUGACAGGUGGUUGUUUGUGAAAGGUUGUUUUUCUUGGGAAAUGGGUCAGUAUGUUGUGUCGCCAUAUGUUUACAUACGACUGUUUAUGCUUUGUGGUUGUGCAGCCACACAUCUUGAAAUACAGCGCGUGCGGGUGUCAUAUGUGACGCUCAGUUGUGGCUUGUGGGUCAGAGGGGAUGGCGUGUGUUACAUUUGGGGCAUAAUCCCUCCACCUCAGGGUAAUCAUCCCCGGUUGUGUUUGGUGUGGUCAAGAUGAACCAGUCUGGCCAGGUGUGGUGGCACACGCCUGUAAUCCCAGCAGUAUGGGGGACUGAGGCAGAAGGAUUGCAAGUUCGGGGCCAGCCUCAGCAACUUAGUGAGGCCCCAAGCAACUUAGUGAGACCCUUUCUUAAAAUAAAAAAUAACAAGGGCCGAGGAUGGGGCUCAGUGGUUAAGUAUCCCCAAGUUCAAUCUCUGGUACCAAAAAAAGAAAGGAUACAUUGUGCUGCUUGGGUCCCCUUAGGUGUGCCUGUGUCUGUCUCAGCAGGCAUCCAUUGAUCUGGGUCUCUGACCAUGCAUUUGAACCACGCUGUACACUGGGGCACGUUGUGUGUCCGGGUGAAUCAGUGUGUAUUGUGAAUCAUCCUCAUGAGCAUGUGAGCAUGUGCCUUGGCAUGGCCAUGCACUGCGAUGUGUGUCAGUGUGUGUUUCUCUAUGAGCUGUGUGGCCGGGGGCUGCCAUGGCCGUGUGCCUAGGUGUUGCGUGUUUGUGUGUACUGGCUGUCGCUACAUGGGUGUGUGGUGUGCGGAACACCACGAGUGCCUUGUAUGUGUUGGGUGUAGUGGCGUUUGGGUAUCACUGUGUCAAUACGUAUUGUGUGUUUGUGUAGUGCUUGUUGUGUUUGUAUGGCUACAGAUAGGCAUUGCCCUAGGUGUGAUGUCUGGGUGUGACUGUGUCAGAGAAUAUUGUGGCAGUUUUGAAUGUAAUGCUUGUGCUUGUGUGGGGACAAUAUUUGGGUGGCCGUGUGGGCCGGGGACACUGCCUGCCUUGCUAAGUGCCGGCGUGUGUCACACCAUGUGUGUGGUGUCUGGGUGUGGCUGCAGAUUUCAGUUUGUGGGGAGUUGUGAGUCACUCUGAAGGUUGCGUCGCGGGCCCCAGUGUGUUAGGCUCCCACUCCGGCCGGGGUGUCCUGUGGUGUCUGGGUGUGGUGGGUGUAGGUGGUAUCACAAGGUGCAGACCGUUCUGGUCACAGCCCCUGUGUGGCAGUGUGUGUCUCUCCCACGUGGAUGGAUGCCUCUUUCUAGCUCUGCCCCAAGACACACCCCAGCCCCUCCUUAGUCUGGAAAGGGGGGUUGGGGAGCCUCCCCCUACCCAGGGACCUCCCCUGCCCCUCCCCGCCCUGCCCAGCCGCCAACGUUACCACUCCCCAGAGGGCACAGGGCUCCGCGGUGCCUCGGAGCCAAAGCCCCAGUGCGAGCAGAGCCGGCCGCCCGCCUGGAAGCCAAAGUGGCUGCCAUUUGCGUAUUACGAGGUGGGGGACCCUGGGCAGGAAGCUGGCUGAGCCCCAAGACCUCAGGGGCCAUGGGCGGGGAGCUGGUGUCUGGCCUGGGGGCCCUGCGGCGGCGAAAGCGCCUGCUGGAGCAGGAGAAGUGGCUGGCCGGCUGGGCGCUGGCGCUGGCGGGAAUUGGCAUCGGACUCAUGGUGCUGCACGCGGAGAUGCUGUGGUUUGGGGGGUGCCCGUGGGCCCUCUACCUAUUCCUGGUCAAGUGCAUGAUCAGCAUUUCCACCAUCUUGCUCCUCUGCCUGAUCGUGGCCUUCCAUGCCAAAGAGAUCCAGUUGUUCAUGACUGACAACGGGCUCCGGGACUGGCGCGUGGCGCUGACUCCGCGGCAGGCGGCGCAGAUCGUGCUGGAGCUGGCGGUGUGCGGGCUGCACCCUGCACCCUUGAGGGGCCCGCCGUGCGCGACGGGGUCGGGCGAGAAGGGGACGCAGCCCUGGCCGGGCUUCCUGGGCGAGGGGGAGGCGCUGCUGUCACUAGCCAUGCUGCUGCGCCUCUACCUGGUGCCCCGCGCGGUCCUCCUGCGCAGCGGCGUCCUGCUCAACGCGUCCUACCGCAGCAUCGGUGCUCUCAACCAGGUCCGCUUCCGCCACUGGUUCGUGGCCAAGCUGUACAUGAACACGCACCCGGGCCGCCUGCUGCUCGGCCUCACGCUUGGCCUCUGGCUCACCACAGCCUGGGUGCUCUCGGUGGCGGAGAGGCAGGCUGUUAAUGCCACUGGGCACCUCUCAGACACAUUGUGGCUGAUCCCCAUCACGUUCCUAACCAUUGGCUAUGGGGAUGUGGUGCCAGGUACCAUGUGGGGCAAGAUUGUCUGUCUCUGCACUGGAGUUAUGGGGGUGUGCUGCACAGCCCUGCUGGUGGCCGUGGUGGCCCGGAAGCUAGAGUUUAACAAGGCCGAGAAGCACGUGCACAACUUCAUGAUGGACAUCCAUUAUGCCAAAGAGAUGAAGGAGUCAGCUGCCCGCCUGCUGCAGGAGGCCUGGAUGUACUACAAACACACACGCAGGAAGGACUCCAGGGCUGCCCGCAGGCAUCAGCGCAAGCUGCUGGCCGCCAUCCACACGUUCCGACAGGUGCGGCUGAAACACCGAAAGCUCCGAGAGCAAGUGAACUCCAUGGUGGACAUCUCCAAGAUGCACAUGAUCCUGUGUGACCUGCAGCUGGGCCUGAGCAGCUCGCACCGGGCCCUGGAGAAGCGGAUCGAUGCCUUGGCAGGGAAACUGGACGCCCUAACCGAGCUGCUGGGCACUGCCCUGGGGCCACAGCAGCUCCCAGAAGCCAGUCAGGAGGCCACGUAGCUGGAUCCAUGGAGGACAAUCAGGCUCCUUUCCCAAGAUGGAGGUCAAGAGCAUCCUCCCUGCCACUCCUGACCUAGCCCUGUGAAGAAAAUACCUCAAGGUGUGAGGACUAAUGGGGGCCGCCUUGGGUGGGUUGACUUUCCGAUGGCAGGAGCCCUCAGGGGAUGCGGCUGAAGGGGAAGCCUUGGACCUCCAGAGACCCCAGAUGGGAACAUGGCCAGCACUACCCCACACGCCCUCAUCAGGACCACUCUCACUGUGCUGCUAUAGAGGACCUCUGGCUUUCGGUUAGAAGUGGAGGUACCUGCGCCUCCCCACCCACUCCAGCUCUCCAGGGAGAAGGGCAGGAAGGGCCCAGAGUCCAGGAUGCUAGGAGGCUUCAGUUACCGCUGGACGGAAGAGCUGAAGGAACCGGGUCUGAGAGGCAGGGGGCGGCGCCCCCUGGUGGACAGCAAAGAGGACACUAUUUUUUCCAGAGCUGCAGAGAAUACCUGGUGGGGAGGAAUGGCGAGGGGCACACAACUCACCGAUCUCUGCUCUUAUACUUUGUAAUAAAUGUUAAACAAAGCCAGAA